AUGGGUUGGCCAAACUUUAAAUGGCCAUACUCAAGAAGUAUAUGGCCCAACUUAAUAUGUGCUUUAUUACUACUCAAUUUCGUAUCACCAUGCCCACAGAAAUGUAACUGUAAUGGUGGUAUUGUCAACUGUGUCAACAAAGGGUUGACUCAAAUACCUAAAGAUAUACCUAGUAAUACUGUUCGAUUGUAAGUUUUUUUAAUUUUUAAGUUUUAAAAGUUGAAAUGUUUUAUUUUUUAGAAUUUUUUUAGGCUUUUAGGUAAUUAUUUUAAUUUUUUUUAAUUUUAAGGCAAUUGAAGAUCUUUUUUGUUCAUUUAAACCACUUUUUAUAUUGUUUUAGAGACCUACAAGAGAAUCAAAUCACAAAGGUACAAAGAAAUGACCUGGCUUACUUGAAACAUUUGAAAAUAUUGUAAGUUGACCUAUGAUAAUGAUUUUUUGUAAAGAUUAGAACUGAGGCUAGCAUAUUUUAAUUAAAAUUUAUUUUUUCUACUCGUUUUUUUUUUCAAUUGAAGUUUCUGCACCGUGCAAAAAAUUUAAAAUUAAAUUUUUGUCUUUUUUUGUUUUGUAAAGAAAGUUCUUGCUAUUUUUGAUUCUGUAAAGAAAGUUAUUGCCAUUUUGUUUUGUAAAGGAAGUUCUUGCCAUUUUGAUUCUGUAAAGAAAGUUAUUACCAUUUUUUUUGUAAAGGAAGUUAUUGCCAUUUUCAAGGUUGUAGAGAAAGUUCUUGCCAUUUUAUGUGUUGUGGCUUUACAUUUUGAGAUUGUCAAUAAGCUUAUUUUACUUUAAAGCCUUUUUUUUUGCUUUUUAUGCAAAAUAUUGAAAUUUUAAUUUAGAAGACUUUUCAAUUUUAGAAAAGAAAAAAAAAUUAAAAUAAAUUAAACUAUGAAUCGUAUUUUACUAGGCAAUUGAUGGACAACAACAUAACGACCAUCGAAGCCAAUGUUUUCGAUGAAUUGAGGAAUUUGGAACGAUUGUAAGUUUUUUAAUGUUUUUUCCAGCUUUUUUAAUUCAAUUUUUAAAACCGCAUGAAAUUGUAUCUCGUAUUUUACACAUAAAAAUUGAAAUUACAGUGAAAUUUGUUAUAUAUUACACGUGUUCUAUUUUUCAAUUUAAAAAAUAUUUUUAUGAUUUUGCAAUUUUUCAGGCGACUGAACCGAAAUUUGCUGCAGGUCAUUCCAGAAAAGCUGUUUGCGAAAAACUCAAAGCUACAUCGAUUGUAA